AUGUAUGAAACUAUAAGUGAAUAUAAUAGCAAUGAAACUAUGGAGAAGAUUACAUUACCUAAACAUUAUAAUGAUACAGAUACUAAAUUAAGUAUAGAAGAGGCUAUAUUUAGACUUGAAAAUCUUAUGAUUAAAGAUACUAUUAGUCCAAAAAAAUGUAUUAAAGAUAAGUUAAUAAAUACAUCAUCGCUUAGAGUAGUAAGUGAGCUGUUGAUAAGCUUUGCAAACAAUCAAAUAAUAAAGGAAGUUUCUGAGGAAAUAAUUACUGAUAUUACUAGAUCUCAAGAUAUAACCUCAAUGACUAAGGUAGUUGGGAUACUAGCUUUAUCCCCAUCAAAUGUAAGCCAUUUACCACCUACAGAAUUAGAUGGGGUAACAGGUUUGAUGAUUUUAACAAAUGCACUCUCAAACAUUGGAAUAAGUGUUGUAAUUAUGACUGAUUCUAUUAAUCAGCCUAUAAUGAAGCAAAUGUUUGAAGUUUAUGAUUGUAAUUACAAAGAUAUUCAUCAGGAAAUUGGAUACCCACCAGAUGUAUUUGAACUAGAACAAGGUAAAAUAUAUAUUGUAGGAGUUGUUCCAUUACCAGGUAUAACUGAUGAAUGGCAAAAAUUUUUAGAUAAAUUAUACAAGAAAUUUCAGUUAAUAAUUACUCUUGGUAGGAUUAAAAAAGAUUUAUCUACUGGUAUUUAUCGGAAUACAAGAGGAUUAAGAAUGAAUCAUUAUUGUGCGGAUAUUGAUUCAAUAUUUUAUAAAGCUAAAGAGGAUUGUAUUACAACUAUUGCAAUAUCUGAUUUUUCAUAUAAGCAAUUAGGAAGUGACUUAAGUGGUGAUCAUGAAAUUAAUAAUGAAAAUACAUAUAUAGAUAAAAAUAAUGAAAAUAAGAUAAUAUCUGAUAAUAGAGAUAAAGAAAGAAUAUCUAAAUAUUUGGCUGAUCAUAUUUUAGUUGGUCAUACUGUUGAUUGGGUAUGUUAUUUUUUGACUUCUUGUAUAGGAUUAUUAUACAAGAAAUCAGAAAUAUCACAAAUAAUUGAUAAUUUAAAUAAUAAUAAAGAAUUAAGAACAUUACCAUUUGAGGAUUUUUUACCUCAGGAAGAGACAUUUCAAACUAUUAAUAAUAAAAUUCUUGAGUUAGAAAUUUGGGAUUCUAAAUAUGGAAGUACUUUAAAGAAAGGUUUUUCAUAUGAGCGUGAUUGGGAAGUUAGAAUGAAAAUUAGAAGAGUUGCUGCCCAAGUAGGAUUACCAGUUUAUUAUGAAAAUGCUUAA